CUCAAAGUUCAUCACCUCUUAGAAACACGUGGAGGAGAGCAGCCGAAGCCGAAGCGAAAGCGAGUCCAUCUCGGGUCGGCGCGAGCUCUGGCUCCACCCGGCGGCUGCACGCCGCGCCGCAGCCUUCUUUCUAUGGCGUCCUUUUACAACCAGCUACGAUUUUUUUCAUGACGGGGAUUUCCUGAGGAAGUCAGACCAAGGGGGCUUUCCAGUUACUAGACUUCAUAUCAACAGCAACCUGCCACAGUGGCGGCUUCUCUACCUUUUCGCGCACCUCGACCGAGUCGUUUUUGGAACAUUCCGAUGUCAAAAUGACCCGAUUUGAUCCGACGGCCGUCGUAGCCUGUUUGAGAAGCGAGGACGGAGCCGUGGCCGCGUGAAUUUGGACGUUGUUGUCUCGGCGUGUCUGUCACAUUAGUGGACCAUCCGUGGCUCCUUUCGGGAAAUUCUUCAGAGAAACGCGGUUGGAUCGUCGGACGACAUCGUUGGCCAACUGAUUCAUGUCAUGUCCGCAGGGCGUAAUGUGGAACAGCAGAUUGCCCUGCAGCAGCGUCCUCCAUCUCUCGCUAUGCCCUCCAUGGCCCAGCGGCCCAGGCCCGAGCCAGGCAUCUUGCCCCUGCACGGCGGAUUUAGGGACCACUUUGUCACGACGCCUGAGGCCAAGUACCGCUGCGAGUCUUGCAGACUUGUGCUCUGUAUCCCUCGGCAAACCGAGUGUGGACAUCGUUUCUGCGAGACCUGCAUCACAGAGCUGCUCAGUAAGCCUAACCCAGUUUGUCCAGCCGAUCUAGAACCACUCUUUGAAGAUAAGAUAUUCCGGGAUGUUUGCUGCAAUAGGGAAAUUAUGGCUCUGAAGGUCUACUGCCGAAGUGAGAAAAAUGGAUGUAAAGAACAAAUGAGUUUACAGCAGGUCAUGGACCACUUGGAAGUUUGUCAAUACUUCGAGGUGCCGUGCCCCUUGGGAAAGUGUAAGGAGAAGAUGAUGAGGAAAGACAUGUCUGAGCACUUAAGCCUCAAAUGCAAACACCGAGAGAUCACCUGUGAAUUCUGCAAUCACAAGAUGGCCCUCACCGAGUUACAGAAACACAAAGACACAGUUUGUCCUGCAUUUCCUGUAGCAUGCCCUAAUCACUGCUCGUUUUCUUCCAUUCUGAGAAGUGAGCUGUCCAGUCAUCAGCAUGACUGUCCAAAGGCCCAAGUGACAUGCUCUUUUAUUCGCUACGGAUGCUCCUUUAAGGGGCUGAAUCAAGAGAUGAGGGAACACGAGUCCAGUUGUGCGCCUGAGCACCUGAAAAUGAUGGUGGCCAGAAACACCACAUUAGAGGCCAAGGUAGAGGAUAUUAAGGGCGAGCUGAUGGAGCGUUAUAAAGUUCUGCCCAGCCUCAGCAGUCGUCUUGCUGAGGUCGAGACUCAGUAUGAGGAGAUGAGAGAAAAGCACAGGCAGCUGGAGCAGAAGCUAGUCAGCAUGCAGAUGCUGAUGAGCGCUCACUCAGAGAAACUGCUUGAGGUCGAGAUGGAGCUGCGGGAGCUCCGUCCGCUGCGAGCUAUGAGAGAGGAGGUGGAGGCUCUGAGAGGGUCCGUGGAAAGCAUGCGCUCCAUUGUAUCUUCUCUCGAUUCGGGCCGUGUCGGUUCCAGUUCUGGUUCUCACACGCUGGGCUCCUUAGAGCAGCAGCUCUCGCGUCACGAUGACAUGAUGAGCGUCCAUGACAUCCGCCUGGCUGAGAUGGACCUGAAGCUGCAGGUGCUAGAGACGGCCAGCUUCAACGGUACGCUCAUUUGGAAGAUCCGUGACUACAAAAGACGGAAACAGGAAGCCGUGGCCUCGAAAACCCUUUCGCUCUACAGCCAGCCUUUCUACACGGGCUAUUUCGGCUAUAAGAUGUGUGCCCGCGUCUAUCUGAAUGGGGACGGAAUGGGUAAAGGCACGCAUCUCUCGCUGUUCUUCGUUGUCAUGCGCGGCGAAUACGACGCCUUGCUGCCGUGGCCAUUCAAACAGAAAGUAACGUUAAUGCUAAUGGACCAGGGGCCGGCAAGGAAACACUUAGGCGAUGCCUUCAAACCGGACCCAAAUAGCAGUAGCUUUCGCCGGCCCACUGGUGAAAUGAACAUCGCCUCGGGCUGUCCGCUCUUUGUGGCUCAGACUGUCUUAGAGAACGGGACCUACAUCAAAGACGACACCAUCUUCAUUAAAGUGACUGUAGACACUUCCGACCUCCCGGACCCUUGAGAUCAACUUCACUAGGUCCAGAUAAUAUCAAGUCACACAGCCCUCCCAGCCAAGACUUCGGAGAGCGGAGGAACCCGGGACAAGUGCGGGUUUAUAACAGCCCGAGCUCGUCAGCUUGUGCUCGAGAGAUGGUGCGCUCUUCAUGAAACAACAGUGCCUUGCCGGGGCUAGAUCGUUUCUGCCUUUCGUUCGGAGGUUUGAGUAGGUGAAUCUCCCGUGUCUGCCACACCUAAAAUGCAGUGAAGGUUAAUACGUCAACUCUAAUCAACCCAAAGAAUGUUAAUGUCUCUGGAUCUAUAAGACGAGGCGAAAUGAUGCCUAGAUGACACCCAGCCCAAAGUAAAAGGAAGCUGUUUACACUCAUCGUCAUGUUGGCCUUCAGUGCGUUUGAGGUUAAUUAAUGGUCAUCUCUUAUAUUGGUUGUUAAGUCUGGAAGGUAACCCUUCACGAUCGGUAAUCCUGACAUGCUUUGUAUUGGUGGUUUUGUAUAAUAUGCAAAUAUGAAACUGACAUCUGUUGUGUUGUAGUUGAUGUAGAAAGGAGUUUUGUGAUUAGAAAGUCUUGUUUGUGUGGCCAGGGUUGGACAUGUUUCUGUGUAGUAGAUAUAAAGGACCUUACUAUGGAACAUUCAUGAAGGACUACAUUGGCACUAAACAGUGACCCUGCAAGGGUUCCAUUGUCAAAAAGCAAAACCUCAAGUUUUUAUGCAUGUAAAACCUAUUCUUACAUGACUUAACCUUGUAUGUGUUUACGACUUUGACACAUUAUUUUUUGUAAUGUUCUAAUUAAUAGAUGCUAUGCAUCAGAAUCUAUUGUCCUUUUGUGUUUUGUAUUUUAUUUGUUAAACAGUCUGAAAUAACGCCUUUAUGCCUCCAGCCAUGCUGCCAGAGACACAUACAAUAAUCCAGAUCAUUUUUCAUGGUAGGGAUGGUUUUUUGCACAAGUAUUGUUUGAAUGUGUAAUAUAUGUAUAAAUAUAUCGAUAUAAAAUUGUUGGAAAACA